UUAAGGGAUAUAGUACAAAAUUAUAUGACAGGACCACAGAAUGACGUCCCAUUCGACUUUUGUACUAGUGUCUCGCUUUCUCUCGCGUACGAGUAAAGCAACUACCGCGACAGAAAAUGUGAAGUAGUACAUUUUUAAAUGUUGAGCCGCUCUUACAUUGUGACGUCAUGUACGGGACAAAUGUCCUGCCUCUUGUAUGUCCUACUCAACACUAAUUUUGUAUAAUUUUGGAAUAGAAUAAAGUGGAUCUUUGUUGGUUCAGAUUUCAGAACAUAAAUCAACUGUUCUUUGCCCGCAAGUUUAAAAUGAAUAUCCCAAAAUAUGACAAGGAAAACAGACCGAACACUUCGGAAAGAUCCGACAUGUGCCACUCUAAUAUAAAAAAAAUGCCAGCUGAUAGCACGAGUACACAUCCUAAUAACUUCAAAGUGCCUUUACCGCCACCUCGACCUCUCCAAACGAACAACAAAGUGAACGACAAAGAUGAAACUGGUGCUGCUGCUGCAGCACAAGGCGCGGCAACAACAACAGAAAAUAAAAAACAAGAAUGGGCUCUCUCCGAUUUCGACUUGGGACGACCACUCGGAAAAGGUAAAUUUGGCAAUGUUUAUUUGGCGCGUGAAAAAAAAUCUCACUAUGUUGUUGCAUUGAAGGUUCUAUUUAAAAGCCAGAUACUGGAUUCUGAUAUUGAGCACCAAGUUAGACGCGAAGUCGAAAUCCAGUGCAGACUGCGACAUCCGAACAUAUUACGGAUGUACGGGUACUUUCACGACGAAAAACGGAUUUAUUUAAUUCUUGAGUACGCAAAGCACGGUGCUCUGUAUAUGUUGCUAAAGGAACGCGGGCGUUUGGACGAAAAAACUGCAGCUAUAUACAUUCGAGACUUGAGCAAAGCGUUAAUAUACUGUCACUCGAAGAAAGUUAUUCAUAGAGACAUAAAGCCUGAAAAUUUACUCAUCGGCCAUAACUAUGAGCUUAAAAUAGCAGAUUUCGGUUGGUCUGUACAUUCACCGUCUUCAAGACGCAUGACAUUGUGUGGAACCCUAGAUUACUUAUCUCCGGAGAUGAUUGAAGGCAAACCCCAUAGCUAUGCCAUUGAUAUUUGGAGUCUUGGCGUCCUUUGUUACGAACUGCUAGUAGGACUCCCUCCAUUUGAAGCAAAAGAUUCACAUCAAACUUAUAGAAAGAUAAAAUAUGUAAUAGUGAAAUAUCCAGAUUAUGUUUCUGCUCUGGCGAGGGAUUUGAUGGGAAAGCUAUUAGUCAUUGAACCAGAGAACAGAUUACCAUUAACAAGUGUACUACAACAUCCGUGGAUUAAACAAAAUGCCCCAGAAGGCGUCCCACCACCACUUCUUAACUCUGAGUCAACUGCAAAAUGAUUUGAAUCUAGUAUUAAAAUUAUUGAAAUUUAUUCCACUUAAAUAAUAGAAGGACCUGUUAUGAAAUUUCUCAAAAUUAUGAUUAGGAAAAAAUACAGCUAUACUUUUUGUGGGUCUAUCUUUAUUGUCAAUCUUAAUAUGAUAAUGUAGUUAGGUUAAAUAAGUUAAAUAAAGAAUCAAAUGACCUUAAGAUAUAAUGUGUCAUUCAAAUUUAUUGAGGAUUCUUAGAAAAAAAAUGCUAGGUUGAUUGUUUUAGAAUUUUAUAUAACAAUUAAUUUGUUAAUUUUAAACUAGUUCUUUUAUAGUGACUUGUAAUGCAUAUCUUAAAAUGUUUAAAUGUAAUUUUAAUUGAAUACUGAAUCCCAUUUUCUGAAACACUAUUUAAUGCUAAAAAUAAAUAAUGGACACAUCAGUCACAAACCGCAUAACAAUGUCUCAGUUUCUUAAAAAUAUCUUAUUUUAAAAAUAUCUUGACCUAUCUCACAGCUUGGAAUCUAUUUUAGUUAAUUAGAAAUUGAUUAAGUUUUCAGAAUUUGGGAUUAAUUGUGAUUCAAAUUGACUGAAAAUAUACUAUUUAUUCAUGAUCAUGUUAGUUUCGAAAUACUUUUCCUUAAUAAAUAAUUUAGUUCUA